CUCCGCUCCGCAACCGCGCCGCCCCAGCUCGCGGCCUCCUCCGCUCCGCAACCGCGCUAGACUAUGUUUGCAGUUCAAGGUGUUGACAUGACCAAGGAAGAGCCUCAGCCUGGCAAGCUUCCAAGGUGCGUGUUUGUCGGGAUACCAAAACCAAGCUGAGAAACCGCAAGCGCCGAAAGCGGAAUGCAGGAGGCAUCGGGCCAGUACUGGAAGAGGACCAUCCCCAUGAGGUUGAGGCUCAGGAAAUGGGCCUUGUACCUAUUCCAGAUUUUGAGCCUGAGAUCACUCAUUAUGCGCUCAGUGAACCUAAGAGAAAGACUCACAUCAACAUCGUGGUCAUUGGCCAUUUUGACUCUGGCAAGUCAACCACAACAGGACAUUUGAUCUACAAGCUUGGAGCUAUUGACAAGCAUACGAUCGAGGUGCUCGAGAAGAAGGCUGCUGAGAUGAACAAGAGGUCUUUCAAGUACGCGUGGGUGCUCGACAAGCUGAAAGCUGAGCGUGAGAGGGGUAUCACCAUUGAUAUUGCCCUGUGGAAGUUUGAGACCACCAAGUACUACUGCACAGUCAUCGAUGCGCCUGGUCAUCGUGACUUCAUCAAGAACAUGAUUACUGGUACCUCCCAGGCUGACUGCGCUGUGCUCAUCAUUGACUCCACCACUGGUGGUUUUGAGGCUGGUAUCUCUGAUGAUGGCCAGACCCGUGAGCAUGCGCUCCUUGCGUAUGUUCUUGGGGUGAAGCAGAUGAUCUGCUGCGCCAACAAGAUGGACGCCACCACUCCCAAGUACUCGAAGGCCCGUUAUGAGGAAGUUGUUAAGGAAGUCUCUUCAUACCUGAAGAAGGUUGGCUACAAUCCUGACAAGGUUCCCUUCGUCCCCAUCUCUGGGUUUGAGGGUGACAACAUGAUUGAGAGGUCCACCAACCUUGACUGGUACCAGGGCCCUACCCUGCUUGAGGCACUUGAUCAGAUCAAUGAGCCCAAGAGGCCCUCAGACAAGCCAUUGCGUCUUCCCCUUCAGGAUGUUUACAAGAUUGGUGGCAUUGGAACUGUGCCCGUUGGCUGUGUUGAGACUGGUGUCAUCAAGCCUGGUAUGGUUGUUACCUUUGGUCCCACUGGUGUCAUCUACCUAGCCAAAAUUAAUAUGAGAAAAAAACACAAAUAGGCCAAAUUGUUGGGCUAGGCCCAUGUAGAAAAUCGAAUUGGACCGGGCUGAAUCUUGUGCCACAUCAGAUUGCCAUGUUGGAUGCCUACGUGGCCUGGGGAGGUUGCUAGUGACUAAAACGCCACAGUAGACGUAUUUUGGUCAUAAAUGUCUAUGACCAUUCUUAACGUGGAGAUUACAUAGAUCAUUCAGGUAUACAGUGGUUGUGUGUAAAUGCAAAUUUACAUAUGAAAGUUCGUCUUUGGUUAA